AUGUCUGGAUACGGCUACGGAGGAGGAGGAGGAGGAGGCGGUGGUGGAGGAGGAGGAUUCCGGGACAGCUACGGCUCCGAGAAGGGCCAGUCCGAGCGGUCAAGAUGGACGCCGCUGACAAGGAUGCUGCUUUCCGGAGAGAUGACACAAGAGAGGCAGAAGGAACUUACACCCAGGGAAAACUUUGUUUUCGUCUUCAUGAUACUGCACGCGAUGGUGUUUGCUUUUGGUUUCGUCAACUAUGCUGUCAAGGAUAACUUGCAGAGGACGAGAGACACCUUCGGCCCGACCUUCAUGAUUGCCAGAGCUGCGGCGCUCGUUCUCCACUUCGAUGUUGCUCUCAUUCUCUUCCCGGUUUGCCGUACAUUUAUCUCUCUUGCGCGUCAAACGCCACUGAACGGCAUUAUCCAGUUCGACAAGAAUAUCACCUUCCAUAUCACGACAGCCUGGUCCAUCGUGUUUUUCAGCUGGGUCCACACUGUCGCACAUUGGAACAACUUUGCUCAGAUCGCUGCGCAGCAGAAGCUCGGCAUUUACGGAUGGCUGCUUGCCAACUUCGUCUCCGGCCCCGGCUGGACAGGCUAUAUUAUGCUGAUUGCACUUAUGGGAAUGGUCUUCACCUCGGUCGAGAAGCCGCGUCGUGCCAACUACGAACGAUUUUGGUACACUCACCACUUCUUUAUCGUCUUCUUCUUUUUCUGGUCCAUCCACGGUGCGUUCUGCAUGAUUCAGCCCGACUUUGCACCGUUCUGUAUGUCCUUCGGUACUUCGGCCAUCGGUGUCUUCUGGCAGUUCUGGAUGUACGGAGGCUUUGUCUACAUGGCCGAGCGUAUCGCCCGUGAGAUUCGUGGCAAGCACAAGACGUACAUUUCCAAGGUUAUCCAGCACCCCAGCAACGUAUGCGAGAUUCAGAUCAAGAAGGAGCACACCAAGACCCGGGCUGGACAGUAUAUCUUCUUCUGCUGUCCCGAGGUCUCGGUUUGGCAGUACCAUCCAUUCACUCUCACCAGCGCCCCGGAGGAGGAUUACAUUUCGAUCCACAUGCGUGUCGUGGGUGACUUCACUCGCGGCGUCUCAAAGGCUCUGGGCUGCGACUGGGACCGCAAGGGUGACGCUUCCAAGGUUGUAGGUCUCAACGGCGAGAAUCCUGAUGUCGACCCUGCCCUUAAGCGGGUGCUGCCUCGUGUCUACGUCGAUGGGCCCUUUGGCUCUGCCUCCGAGGACGUUUUCAAGUACGAGAUUGCUGUUCUUUGCGGUGCUGGUAUCGGUGUCACGCCUUUCGCCUCGAUCCUCAAGUCUAUCUGGUACCGCAUGAACUACCCACAGAAGAAGACCCGUCUGUCCAAGGUCUACUUCUUUUGGAUUUGCCGUGACUUUGGCUCAUUCGAGUGGUUUCGCUCCCUGCUGCUUGCCAUCGAGGCUCAAGAUGUGGACAACCGCAUCGAGAUUCACACCUACCUCACGGCAAAGAUCAAGGCCGAUGAUGCUACUAACAUCAUGAUCAACGAUGCCAACGCCGACAAGGAUGCUAUUACUGGUCUCCGCGCACCCACAAACUUUGGACGUCCGAACUGGGAUAUGAUCUUCAGGGGUAUCAGGAAGCUACACACCCCGGCCGAAGCCGGUGUGUUCUUCUGCGGUCCCAAGGGUCUGGGUAGUACACUGCAUAUUUUCUGCAACAAAUACAGCGAGCCUGACUUCGCGUUCGUAUGGGGCAAGGAGAAUUUCUAA